CUAGAGGGCUGCAGUGCUGCAAUAACCAGUCCAGUUGAAAUGAAUGAAAUGAUUCAAAAAAAGAUUAGUUCAUUUUAAUGAAUGAGAUUCAGAGAUCCAAGUCAGCAAAAUGAGUAAUUACCCAUCACUGCAGUUUUCACCCCGUAAAACACAAUGAACUCCCCUGGUAUAUGAAUUGCGCCAUACAAAUAAAGGUGCUUCUCUUGAUCAGUCGUCACACUUAACGUUUGCCCAAAGGUGUCAGCACACUUCACUUCCUGUGUGACAUGGUGCACUUCAGUCUUCAGAAAGAUGUCUUCAGGCUCAUCAGGCUGGUUCUUUGAAAGUCUUCUUCCCUUUAUCUUUAGUUCUACAGGUGAGUUCAUCUGUGUUUGUUGUGGCUGUGUUCAACCCAUACUGGCUCACCAUCGUCCCACCUCUUAACUGCUGGAGAACAAAACCUCAACACCGUCACACCCACCUGUAAAGAGGAAGAGGGAGGAGGAGGAGGAAGCAGGUCUGGUUUCUGGGUCUGGUCUCAUGUCAGCAGCCAGAACGAUGGAGGACACAUCUUUCCAGUGGCUGCUCUGGCUGACCACCACGCUCUGCUGCAGACCCGCUCAAGCUCAUCUGACCAUGACUCCCAGCAGCUCUCAGUUCUUCAGCUGGACACCUGUCACUCUGAGCUGUGAGGAGGUCGACGACUCCCCCGGAUGGACGCUGAGGAGGAACACCACAACAGACAACCAUACUCUAUGUGGUGCAUGGGGAAAGCCUGUUGGUUCUGCCUGUAACAUCAGCUACAUCGUCCCACGGGACAGUGGAGUCUACUGGUGUGAGUCCAGAGACGGAGUGACCAGUAACCCCAUCAACAUCACCGUCACUGAUGGACCAGUGAUCCUGCAGAGUCCCGUCCACCCUGUGAUGGAGGGACAUGAUGUCACUCUGCACUGUGAAACAAAGAACCUUUCCUCCAACCUCCCAGCUGGUUUCUAUAAAGAUGGCUCCCUCAUCAGGACUGAGCUUACAGGUCACAUGACCAUCCACCAUGUUUCCAAGUCUGAUGAAGGCCUCUACAAGUGUAACAUCAGAGGCCAUGGAGAGUCUCUAUCCAGCUGGAUCUCUGUGACAGGUACCAGUGCCUCCAACCAGCUGGUGUUCAGAUUGUUCUGCCUCCUGGUGGUGUUCUGCCCGUACUGCAUCUCCACUGUCCUCAUGGUGUCUUUAUAUCGACACAGGUCCAAAGGAGGUGACCUGCCUGUCUCCCUGGCAACGACCCCACCACCCCAAGAAGCUGAGGAGGGACUGGCCGAUGACGUCAUCGCUGAUGUCACUGAGACAGACGCCGCCACCGCCGCUGCACGGUCGCAGCAGGACGCGGACGUCACGCCGUCCUGAGGUUUCAUUCACAACAGCGUUUGUCUUCGUUAUUUCUUCUCCGUGUUCUGCUCGUCCUCCCUCCUCGUCUGCUAAUGCUGCAUUCAGGCGCUCCUCGGAUGGGCCCCCAGGUACUCCUAAGUCUGAAUGUAGAAACAACAUGGACGCUACUACAAAUGUGUGUUGGACUGUCUUUAGUAUGUCUUUUUACUGCACCAGUACAUUAAAAAUACUGCUUGCACUGCAAAUCCUGCUAAUAAAUAUCUUCCCUAAUGAA